UCCUCUCCUUUUCCAGCUUGCUUGUUUAUGUCACUAGCUUUUCAUCAGAGUAAUAUCCACUCUGGCUCUGUGCUGAGCACAGUGGGUCCUGCUCUUGGCUGGGGCUUCUAGUCACCACUACAGACACGAUUCUCUCUUUUCGCCUGUCUCCUCCCUCUUCGUCGAAGCUCCAGUCCUUGUGAGAACCUGCAAAGAGACGCUGUCUUCUAUGGCUUCAGGAUCCCAGCAAGAAAUGGGAGUCUGAUGGAUUGUAAAUGCACCUGCUUUGUUUAAAACCCAGCCAAACAGAGGUGAGCCUUAAGGAGACUGUAGCUCCUGAAUGUGGGACCUUCCCCUGUGAUUAGAAGAAAGCCAUGGGAAAAGACAAGAAAGAAAAGGCCAUCUUCCUGAGGAAAAAGAUAACUUUGUUACGGGCUUUCUCACUGCUCAUCGGCAGCAUGGUUGGCAGUGGCAUCUUCAUUUCUCCCAAAGGAGUCCUGAAAAACUCCGGCAGCGUGGGAUUCUCCCUGCUCGUCUGGUUUUCCUGUGGGCUCCUUUCCAUGUUUGGUGCCUUGUGUUAUGCAGAACUUGGAACAAGAAUCACCAAGUCUGGUGGACAUUAUAUCUACAUUUUGGAGACACUAGGGCCUCUGCCAAGCUUCUUAUUCCUGUGGGCAGAAUUUUUUGCUAUCAGGCCUGCCAACAGUGCUGUGAUUUCCCUGGCAUUUGGACGCUACAUGCUGGAGCCCUUUUUCGCCCCCUGUGCUGCCCCUGUCCCUGCAGUGAAGCUCGUUUCUCUCCUGGGCUACUACACGGUCCUCACCCUCAAUUCCUGGAGUGUCACCUGGAGUGCGCGACUGCAGACAGUUCUCUCCGUUGUCAAACUCCUGGCUCUUGCACUCAUCAUCGUGCCAGGGAUGAUGCUGCUGGCCCAGGGCCACACCGAGAACUUCCAGGAUGCUUUUGACAGACAGUCGCUGGUUCUGGACAAGCUCCCCCUGGCUUUCUAUGCAGGCAUGUUCGCAUACUCCGGCUGGUUUCAGACCAGCUUUGUGCGUGAGGAGUUGGUCAAACCUGAACGAAAUAUCCCCCUGGCUGUCAUCGUGUCUGUGAUCAUGGUAAUUGUGGGAUACAUGCUCACCAACGUCUCCUAUUACACAGUCCUGGGAACAGAAGAUGUUAUGGCUUCUCCUGCUGUGGCUGUGAGCUUUGUGCAGCGAGCCUUUAAAAGCCUGAUCUCCGUGGUCCCCAUCCUUGUCGCACUGUCCUGCUUUGGAACCAUGAAUGGAGGAAUCUUCACAUUUUCAAGGACUCUGUUUGUGGCUUCCAGGGAAGGGCAGUGGCCUCCUCUCUUCUCCAUGAUCCACAUUAGAAGGCAUACCCCCCUUCCUGCUGUCAUAUUAAUGUUCCCUUUGGUCACUGCCAUGGUGUGCAUCGGAGACAUCUACCAUCUGCUGAACUUCUUCAGCUUUUCCCGAUGGCUCUUCAUAGGAUUAGCCACCCUUGGGCUCAUCGUCCAUCGCCACCGUCACCCGGAGCUCCACAGCCCCUUCAAGGUUCCCCUGUUUGUUCCUGUCUUUUUUACCAUCAUCUGCCUCUUCACAGUGGCAAUGUCUUUCUAUUCAGACCCUGUGAACAUUAGCAUUGGAUGCACCAUAGUUUUGAGUGGUUUUCCAGUCUACUACCUCAUAAUUCACAGGCAGAUGUCAGACCGCUGCCGCAACCUGUUUUAUUAUCUUACACACAAACUGCAGUUACUGCUGGAAGUUGUCCAACAAGAAAUCAAGACUUACUGAGAAAACCAUCAAAACUCACAGAAGACAAUAAAAAUCUACUUACGCCAUUUUUGGCACCUUUGAUCCUAUCUAAAGCAGGCCAUGUUUUUAUUCUUUUUAGUCAGUGCAACUGAGGAUGACUGAGCCAAAACCUUGCUGCAAGUGUUCCCAAGCUUGUCAACUGGGAUCUGUUCCUGCCCUUUUAUUUUUUUCAGAAGAGCAAACUAGUUCUCUGAAAUGAGCUUGCUUUGCCUGCAGAGUGUCUUUGAAACCAAGAUCCUAAUUUUGCAGCCUAGCCUAGUCCUGAGAAAAAUGGUGUGUGUAUGUGUGUACAGAGACAGUACUUUGUUCUCCUGGCUUAGCAAAUAGAGGAAGUGGGCAUGUUGCAAAACUUGGAAUCCAAUACAUGGAAGGCAAAUGCAAGUUUCAAACAGAACCACUAUAGCAGCCUUGUUGUGGGGAAGGGUUGGGGAGAGCUAAUUAGAGAUAAGGCAGAUGAAUUGAAAAGAAGAAUGCAGGGAGAUAAAAUUUUAUCCACCAGAAAGAGCAGAUUGAACUAAUGAGAAGAUAUUUGAAAUUCAAGUAUUAACAAAGCAAAGUCAGAAUGUUUUGCUUGGAUUUUUGUAUAAGCAGAAUGAGUUUUAUAGCUUUGAAAUAAUCUUUCAACUUUGAAUUUUACUUUUCUGAAAUUACAUUUUAAACUGUGCAAAUGCAUUUUUAAAACAAUUAGUUAAAUAUCAACCAGAAUAUGACAGGAGAGAUCUUGGUCCCUCCCCCAGCUUCCCAGACCCACUUCUCACCAGUGAAGUUGAAAACUCAGAAUCUGGCCUAGCUCUAGUGAACUACAAUUCCUCCUAUAAUUAGACAGGACCACUGACGAGACUUGGGCUGAUUCCUGAAUAAAUGCAUCUUCUGGUGCUGUAAGAAGACAUGAACAACUUCACAUCCAAGCUUUAACUUGCCAGUUGUGCAUGACUUGCUAAUUUAAUCCAUAACCACUCAUUUGAACUAAUGGCACACGAAAGGUUUCCAUUAUUGGAUUACUUUGGUUUACAUUAUUAAUGUGGCAAUGUUAUGUCCAGAUAAUACAGCAAUUAGCUAUUUACAAUCAUGUAAUUGUUAAUCAGUUCCUAAAAGAUGGGAAGUAGCAUGCUGAGACUCCGCUAAUGACUGCUGGAAAGAGGAACAGCAGAAUGUGGAGCAUUUUUUAAUCUUUGUAUCAAACAUUUAUGUACUUAAAAUAAAAACAAAGUACCAUUUACAAAUCCAA